GGUUGCUAGAUUACCCUCCUUUCACUCCUUUCUUUCUAACCACAACCACGACAUGCCUCAUAUCAGGAAAAAAGCCAAAACGAAGCCUACUGACGAAGACGAACAGCCCAAGCCAUGCUACAUUACACGGCUUCCCUUUGAGCUUAUCGCUGAAGUGCUCUUGUAUACCCAGUCACCCAAGGACGUUCUUGCACUGGCUCGAUGCAACAAGUUCUUCUGCGCAACCCUCGUUAAGAAAUCUUCGGACUACAUCUGGAGAUAUACCAGAACCAACUGCAGGCCGGGGCCCCUCCCGGAGCCCUUGCAGAUUUUCACAGAGGCAUCGUAUGCUGCGUUUGUGUUUGACGAAGGCAAAUGUGAGGAAUGUGGGAGGGAAACCAAGUUGAUGUAUGACUCGUUCGCUUUGAGGAUUCGCACUUGCGGCCAGACCCAAUGCCGGAAGCAGUUUGCCAAGACAAAACUUACUGCCCCACAAGCACAACCUGAAUACCAUCGAAUCAUCUCGGAAUCUCUUCUAGUUCCUGAACACGCCAAUUGUACUCAUUCAGCUUCAUAUUUAUAUGACAAUGCAGCGUGGCCCAAUCGUCAAAAACUCUAUCGUACCAACGAGUGGACCGCCGCCGUGCAAGAAUAUCUUGAUGCCUCUCACUCUCCCGAGGACCUGGAUGCUGAAAUGGAGCGACGAGUGAAAAUGGCGAAAAGGAUAUCGUUGAUGAUGCCCUCAUUUUUGGAACUUUUUAAAUGGAAGGAGAAGUAUGAUAUAGCUCGUGCUACAAACAAAGCAGCCAACGAAGCGUUCGCUAAGAUCCUGGCAGCGAAGGUUGGCUAUGAUUAUUGGGACCUUAUGCAAGCGCCCAGCUACGCUAGACGACACCGGGGUAAGAAUAUAACCCUAGAAAGAGUAACGGAUUCUGACUACAGGAUGAUCCACGAAGCUGUAGAAGCCGAAAUUCUCAAAGCGUCCGAGGCACGAAAGCAGUCCAAACAUGAAGCAGAAUACAGGCAGUCAAGAGAGAUCGUUGAGAAACAUUACGAACGACUUCGAUGCAAGAGGCUCGAGGUCCCUUUGCCGCCGCUAGCCAGUUUCCGCAAGAUCCCUAUCAUUCAUACUAUUCAGACUACUCCCCCCUCGCCUGAAUUUGACGUUGCUAAACAGCUGCAGACGCCACUUGUUGCAACACUUCUUAAGAGCGAGUUGUCAGCUUGGAGAAACCAAGCCAAGAACGCUUUAGCAGCUACUCUGGGUUUCGCAAAUUGGAAGUCUGCAAGUAGCAAACGCUUGCAUCCUGUGGAUAGGAUCAAUGCCCACUUUCGAUGCAAAAAGUGUGCUCAUACGGAGAAUAAGUAUAAAGAAGACGGGUGUUUUGAUUUCUUCGGUGCUUGCUCUCACCAAUGCUCAAAGAAGUUUCGGGGGAAACGAGAAUGGAAUGUUACACGGUUCCUUAAAGAUGACAAGGCCUGUGCGGCCGUCUCGAAGCUGGCUGAUCUUGGCUCAAUCAACACCGAGUCACCGGAGUCUAUCAAUGCUUUUGAGGCGCUUGAUGCGAGAGUUUUGUGCAAUAGUUGCACUGCGGCUAUCGUCUUGCAGUCUUCCGCCGUUGCUGGCCAUUCCCACCGUCAUGAGGACAUGCAAAUGUCCCUUCUAUUAACCCCGAUCCUCGAAAAGCAUCCGCUAACGAAGGGGCUUGCUUUAAGGCUUAUGGGUCCGGAAGAUCGUGCGAAGGUGUUGCGAGAGAAUAAGAUCUAUGGAUGUCGCCAUUGUCUACAGGUGCGAACGACGUCGACAGAGAAGCCUAUGCAGGAAUCUGGACAAGAGUGCAUCCUGACUUUCAAUGGACUGCGGUCCCAUUUAAAGGCCAAGCAUAAAGUCGUGGACCUUCGUGACGAGGAUUUUUAUUGUUCCGGGCCUUUGACUUGGAAGGAAGCUGGCGCAGCAACCUGACUGGCGUCUAUAUGAUUACUAUCAUGCUGAAGUUAUGUAUCUCAAUGUAUAUCAUCUUGAUCCAUGCGAUCCUUUAUACCAGAAAAUGGUUCAGCCCAUGAUAUUGG